AUGGGGACCGAGGCGGGAGGCGAGGGCGCCCUGCCAGCGAUGCUCUGGAAGCUCGAGGCCUCGUUGAUCUUUAGUGCCGAGACACCGCAGCUGCCGCCGUCAGCUCAGAAGAAGCUGUUCGACGAGGUGGUUUCUGCGUGGAGAGUGGCAAGAAAAAACCAAGUAAAAAACGGGAACGAAGACAUCCAGGCCGAGGACAAUGCCAGCAAAAAUGUAGAGAAGGAGCUCGCCGAAUUGGUGCAGCUCAUCGCGGACCUAAAGCGUUGUCACUAUCGCUCGGUGCUCUUCGCGUCUUCGCUGGCGCGCGCGCUGCGCCCGCUCCUGCUGUCGCCUCAGCAGGACGGCGGCGUCGCCACGCUCAAGGCCCUCGACGCUGCGCUGCAGAAGGCCUGCGCGGAGUUUGUUUACUCUCCGAGUUCCAGUGCAUACGACCCGAAAGCAGACGAAUCGCAAAAGAGAAGAGAGGCGAAACAGGUCGACGAGGCCUUUCUCCAGAGCCUGAGGCUCCGCGCGGUUCUUCUGGCUUCUGUCGCAGCUGCCGAGCUCUUCAUGCAGGUCAACUGGACAGGGCCCCCGAUCCGCCGUUUCCGCCCCUCGGAAUUGCUCGCGGCGCAACAGGAGGAAGACGGUCGCGCGCGUUUCCCUGACCAUCCGUACUACCAGCGGCAUUCCUCCUCGCCUGCCUCUCCGGCCCCUGGAGGCAAGGCAGAGGCGCUUGUCUCCACGCGAGACGAAGGGCACGGCGAAGCUGCGCAAGACGGAAAUUCCCGAGAAGGCUUUUGGCGCUUCUUCUCCGCCUCUGUCGCCUGUCGCUGGUGCGGACGGGUUCGGCACUCCGAACGCCGAGGCGAGAAAAAGGCAGAUGCAGGCGCCGGCGCGAGAGUCGCAUUGUGUUUUUGCGAGGCUGAACUCGAGGCAGUGUGCUGUCUCGGGCCCCCUGACAUGCCUCUGACCCCCCAGGGGAAAGACGCUCACGCUGCGGAGACGCCGAGACAGGACGCCCUCCAGAGACUCCAAGAUGAAGCUAUGGAGGCGUUUAAUGCCGAUGGAGAGGAUGUGUACGAACUUGUCCGGGGGCUGCCGUACUUCUGGCUCGCGUGCCGUCUCGCCGCGUGGCUUCGAGGCCAAAAUGAGCGCCUGCUUUCCGCCGGCGGGCGGCACCUCUCCUCGCCGGCUUCCGUUGUUUCUCCCGUUUUUUCCUGUUUUUUCUGGGACGCGCGCCUCGCCACGGUCUCCCAAAGAAUUCUGCGAGGGGUGUCGGCAGCUGCGUGCCAGGCUCCGUCGCUUAUGCGCGUCUCCGUGGACGACCUUGCGGCGUCGUUAAAGGAGAUCAAUCUGCUUCCUCUCGAGUUCUCCCUGGCGAAGGCGCCAGAGGACGUGAGAAAGGUCUUGGAGAAGAUGGGCGUAUUCUCAGGCGGAGAUCAAGGGAGCCGAACCGCUACGCGCCUUCUCCACGACGCCACGGAGGAGUCCCAACGUGUAUUCGACAGCCUGUCCUCGUCCACCUCUUCGUCCUCUGGUUCCUCGUUUUCUUCCCAUCCCUUGUUGCUCCCCUCUGCGCAGGAUCAGGAAGCGGAGGCUGUUCUUCCGUGCCCCAAAGAGAGGAAAAACGGAGACGCCUCCACCCUGCCGGACAGUGCCUGGGUGACAGACCGGGAGAAAUCACUCAUGUUGCUCGAGUUGUCGCUACACCUGCUCAUGUACGGCAAGGUGGACCCGUCCCUCAAUGAGGUUAUUGACGCCGCAUGCGCUGCCGCAAACAUCAAAUUCUCCUUCACCGGUGCAGAAGGCAUUCGACGAAAAUAUCAACAGCGCGCGAUCGCUCAACUCGUCGUCUCUGCAACGCCCCUCCGUCCGUCUCCGUCUUCCUCUUCUGCUGCGCCUUCUGCUUCCUCGUCUGCCUGUUCUGGCCACACAGCCCGCGGCGGUGGAGGCCUCUCCCCUGAGAACGGUCCCGCCAGAGGCGAAACCUUUCCUGCUGAGAGCGACGAAGCAGAGAAGCGGCAAACGCACGAAAGCCACGCUGACGAGGAGGCGAACGACGCCGACGAGGAGGCGAACGACGCCGACGAGGAGGCGAACGACGCCGACGAGGAGGCGAACGACGCAGCCGAAGAGGCGAGACGCCGAGACUGGAAGUUGCAAGAUGUGCAUGGAGACGUGGAUGUCCUCGAGAGACCGCGACUCGUUGACGCAGAAGACGCUGACGCGGCCGAGCGACCGCUGGAUGCUCUCGAGCAGGCUCUCCUUCUCGCGCGAGGCCUGCGGAUCUUGGAGACCAGCCCAGCCCGCGACGAACUCGCGAUGGAGCAACUGAACGCCGUCGCCGUCCGGUGCCUCGCGCUGAGAGAAGACGAGGCGAAGAAGGCGCUCGACGUGGACGCGAACCAUCACGGACCAGCCGCGUUCGAGGGCUCCACUGAGGCAGCCCUGGACGUCGCCUUUCUGGAAGAAGACAACGCGAUGGAAAUCAAGAGCGCCGACUGGCUGCUCUACUCGGCGGCGCUCUGGCUACGUUGCAAAUCCGAGUACCAUCGGUCGAAAACAGUCGAGCGCGCGUGUGUGCAACUGAAUGCUCUGAUUGAUCAAUUCAACGACCGCCUUCCUGCCCCGUCCCAGAGGCUUCGCUUCAUCUACAACGUAGACUAUCCCAGUUGGUGGCAAGGGAAGAGAGAGCUAGCUUUCCGGAUGAUGCAUAUGGGCGCCACGCUGACGGCCUACGAAAGCUUCAAGGAUUUAGCCAUGUGGGAAGAAGCCGCCGAGUGUCUCUACGCAGCAGACCGACGCGCGGAUGCUGAGGAACUGCUUGUCGAGCGGCUGAAGCUGCGUGAGAGCCCGCCUCUCUGGUGCACCCUGGGCGACUUGCGAAAAAGUGUCGACUGCUACGAGAAAGCCUGGACUCUGUCGAAUCAACGCUGUGCACGAGCGCAACGGUCGCUAGGACACCUCUACAUGCGAGAGGAGAACUACCAAAAGGCAGCGCAGGCCUACGCACGCUCGCUCGAGCUGAAUCCUUUGCACCGGGCUUCCUGGUUCGUUCUUGGCUGUUGCGAAAUGAGGCUCGAGCGGUGGGACGAUGCCGUCCAAGCCUUCGGACGCGCCGUUGCCCUCGAACCGCAAGACGGAGACGCAUGGGCAAACCUCGCCGCCCGCGAAGCCUGGACAGCCGCUCGUCUCUGCAUUGGCGAGGCUGCAAAGUACCGCAGAGAGAGCUGGCGGGUGUGGGACAACUUCCUCAAGAUUUCGGUUCGUGCUAGGGAUAUUCGCGGAGUCAACGAGGCCCUCAGACACUACGUGGAUCUCAACGUUAAAGACAAAAUUCCCAUUUGGAUCUACAGUUUCUUGGAACACGCGGUGGUUUCCGGAGUCUCACCCGAGGCCGCCGUCGACAAUGAGUCAUCCGCGUCGGCUCCUCGCUCGUCUGAAGACGACGCGAACGAGGAUCGUCCUCCUGCGUCUGCUGUAUCUCCACAUUCGCCUUCUUCGGCUGCGGAAUCCGGCAAUGCCGCAGCGCCGAGAAGUGUGAAAAGCGUCGCCUUUGCGGUAGAGCCCGAGCCGCGUCGGCCAGGCGCCUUUGCGGUCUCGAGCGUCUCUUCCUCUCCUCUCUUUAAAUCCACUCUCAAGACACUGGAAUUUCUCGCGCAGCACGUCGCCGAUCAGGCCGAGCUCUGGAAAGCCCUCUCCAACCUCCAAGCCGUCAACGGCGAUUUCCUCGACGCCGCCGAGACCCGACUCAAACUCUUCCGGGCACUCAGCGCUCUUUUGCGCCGAACAGAGGGACCAAACGAGCGAGGCGCCUUCAGCUCCGCCAAGGCUCUAGAGCUGCAGAAGGACGCGACUGACGCUCUCAGAGAAGCCGUCAAUCUUCUGCGGAAAGCGGCUGCCGCCGGAAGUGAACCUCUCGACAUCGAACGCCGACUGAGUGACAUACACACGACUGCAUGCAGUUUAACUGAGGAGCUUCGGCAGCGUGCGAGUGCCUACGACGCCGUCCUCCAGAGACCGCAAUUGGAGUGUCUGCGCGCCGAGGCGCAGGAACUGGCAAACCAAACCGCGCCGCCGUUCACACAGGCGUAG